UAUUGGUGUAUUCUGGAGCAUGGUCUGAAGCAGCUGUUUCUGUUCAUCGUUUAAUAGAGAUCUAGCACCGUGUACUAUAUCUGUCUUCCUCUGGAGGAGUCUACACUUCCAUUCACCCCCCUCACUACAUUGAGAUCCUAGUCUUGGUAUUUUUGAGUAAAGAACAAGAAAAAAAGCAAGGGAUUCAUCCUCAGGCGCAAGGGGAACAUCUGAUAGUCUGUUUCUGCAAAGAGAUCAAGAUAUCUUUUGUCAGAGAUAAAAGAAAUCUGCCAUCAAGAACAUCAGGAAGUUUGCAGUUCGCCCAGGUUGAAGGACACCAACUCUGCAGCAAGAAAAAGGUCUGAUUCCUUCAAAUUAACCUUAAGUGAGACAUUCAUUUUUAACCUCCCCUAGAGGUACCAAAAGUAAGACAUAUAUGUCAAUCUGAGGAUCACAGAGCCUUUGAAGAAAAAAAAUUAGAGGAAAACGCAAACCAGGGUUAAUCCUCAUUUCACAGGCUUCUGCCAGCAUAUCAUCCUAUAAUCAAGACUUCAGGCGUAAAACGAGCCUGUCCUCCUUACACAAAGUAGACAUCUAAAUCAGGACAUCUGCACUUCAAGAAACGUUGAUUUCCAGGUAAUUCCAGGCAACUCCUGAUCUUUGUACUUCAGCAAGACAUCACAGAGGUAAGAGCAGACCUCCCGCAAUCGCCUAUGGCAGACUGGAGCUUGCUGGGAAAUUUCCUGGAAGAGGUGCAGGAGCACUCGACUUCAGUGGGCAAAGUGUGGCUCACUAUCCUCUUCAUAUUCCGCAUCCUGGUGCUGGGCACUGCAGCAGAGUCAUCGUGGGGUGACGAGCAGGAGGACUUCACAUGCGACACAGAACAGCCAGGUUGCGAGAACGUUUGCUAUGACCGUGCCUUCCCCAUCGCCCAUAUACGCUUCUGGGUGCUACAGAUUGUCUUUGUAUCUACACCUUCACUUAUCUAUAUGGGACAUGCCAUGCACACUGUACGAAGGGAGGAGAAGAAAAGGCAGAAGGAUCAGGAAGCUCAGGUAGCUGAUAGUGGAGGAGGAGGUGGAGGUGGUGGUGGCGGUGGUGGAGGUAGUGCAGAGAAGUACCCAGAGGAAGAAAGGGAUUGUGGAAAGGAGGAAGCCAGAAUGGGAAAAGUGCAUCUGAGGGGUGCGCUGCUACAGACCUACGUCCUGAGUAUCAUGAUCCGCAGCCUGAUGGAAGUGAUCUUUAUCGUAGUUCAGUAUGUUAUAUACGGAAUCUUCCUUGAUGCACUGUACCUGUGCAAGGGGCCUCCUUGCCCACAUACAGUCAACUGUUACAUCUCAAGACCCACUGAAAAGAAUGUCUUCAUUGUGUUCAUGCUUGUAGUGGCUGGUGUGUCUCUGGUUUUGAGUAUUCUUGAGCUUUACCACUUAGCGUGGAAGCAGUGUCAAAGAUGUGUCAAAGACCAUCAGGCCAAAAAAUAUCAAAGAUCCAAUACAACACUGGCUAUAACCUCUGCUUCUCCAGAACCUUCCACACCAAACAGAGCUUGUACCCCACCACCCGAUUUCCAUGAGUGCCUAGCAGCAUCUACUCCACCUUCACACAUAUUCCAAACAAAAACGCACACACACUCUCACACGCAUCCGUGCUGUCCACCAUUUACCAACCAACUGGCAUACCAGCAGAAUUCUGCCAACAUUGCAACAGAACGUCACCGGGAUCAUGACAGUAUAGGUCCUGAAGACUUUCUUAAGAUGAGCUUCACACAGGAAUCCACAAAUACGCCCAAUUUGUGUGUUCCACCCACGCUGCUAAGCAAUGGAUUCUUGAGUGACAAACGACGGUUCAGCAAGAGCAGUGGAACUAGCAGUAGAGUGAGACCCGACGAUCUGUCGGUAUAGCCUUGUGCCCAUAAAGUGACGCUAUAAAUUAGUAGUAGGUUUUAUAGAUUAUGUUCACCACAGGUCUGUAUUAUAGCACUGGCCAAGGAAUAGUAAUAACAACUCAUUCAUGUUCAGUUACCUCUUUAUUCUAGCAAGGCACACUUGCUAGAAUAAAGCAAGUAGAUUCACAGCCUAACCCAGGAACAUUGGUCACACCUUGAAUAGGAUAGUGAUGCUAGUCCUUCACAGGUUACCAUGCACAUGUAUGCGUUCACACCUAAAGGAGGACUUGGAGGAAGUCUAUGCACUAAAAUCAUGCUCAGAGUCAAACCAAUUACCCCAGAGGCAGCAGCUCAAGCUGCUCUUCCACUAUGUUGCCCUGGGACCCUUAACUGUGAAAAGAUAAAGAGGUGCAUAUUUCACUGGAUCCAGGUCACUGCAAAGCUUAAAACAAGGGAGGUUGUUACAGGCAUUGUUACAGGUUUUAACUGCAUACAUUUAGCAGCUAUCAUAAACAUUCAAAAUGCAUUUGCCUUAUUUUACAUUAUUCUAGAUUAAAACGAGGGUUCAUACGGCUCAUCCAGAUGAGGUUUGUUGAUUGGUAGAGCCUCCUCAUAUUUCUUUAUGUAAGCACUAUCAUCAGUAAAUCUUAAUACCUUUGUUUCCAUAUGUAAAUAAUACUGCAUGAAAAGGGGAUUGCUUUUUUUCAUUUAUUUAUUCAUUUUUUAAAAUUCCUAUAAAUCUGUUUUUAAGCAGGUAUAACAGCUCAAAUGUCUGUUUUAGGCAGGAACAUGGAAACACUAAAACGUGCAAUUCCAGGCUUUGGAAAAGAAACAAAGGCUUUCAAACAAAGAUUCAUGUCAGCCACUAGAUGGCAACAAAUUUUAGUCCAUUUUCCCCAGUGUUGCUCAACCCUGAGUGUAAAAUAACCCACAUUUAUCCAAAUUCCCCUGCAGUGCUGAAAGGUCAUGUAUGCUCAACCGUCCAAUGAAGCUCAGACGUUCUGGGAUUUCUUGUCCAGGCAAAACAGAAACUGAUGCUUAUGUUUCUGCAGCUGCUAAAUAAUCAUACCAUGUCCUAAAAUUAGGCCUGUAUGACAUUUGUUCCUUACACUGGGUAAUUAUAGAAGUACAGAGCUGGUUCUUGGGAGCAGCACAGUGGGAAUGUCACAAACCGAUAUGUUUAGUACGCAUGUGCGAACUGGUGUGUAGUGUGCAAAAGGAAUAGGAUUACAGGUUAGGUAGCAAUACUGAAAUAGGGCUUCAGCCAUUAGGUUUUAUUAUAUAAAAAAAAAGGUCUUACUCAACAGUGAAUAAUAAUCAAGGUUCAUGAUGAAACCAGCUGUAUGUUAAGGUUAUUCAGGUGUCUAAGUAAUAUAUAAAAGGAAAAGACAUUUAACAGCGAGGGUGGAAAAACGAUUUCUAAUAGCUGAGAAGUCUCCUUAGAAAUAUUCCAUGCUCUGCCAAAAAUGGGCUUCAAAAAACAGGUCAUGCAAACGUCCAUUUCCAAAAAUUGAUAUUUCUGCAUGGCACUGUGCAGUCCAUAGCCAGUACCUCAAGGCUCUGUACACUCUAGUACUGAAAAGACAUUUACAUUCAUCAAACUUCAUCUCUGUAACGGUUGUGAGUUCAUUUUGUAAUAAUGUGCAUUUCAUUUAACAAAUUUUAAUAUGGAAUAAAUUAUUUGGUCAAAAAGUUAAUCCAACAUUGUGCCUUGACGUCAAGUCUGAAUUUGUCAGGACCUGAAUUUGUUAGUAGGCAUUGACUGCAUAUUUUAUUUCGUGCAUCCUAUAUCCCUCCAGCAGGGGGUACUGUAAGACCAUUCACAUUCAUAAAAGAAGGACACUGUACUGCCUGACACUUUAUACCAAACAAUAUAUUUUAUUUGUCUUCCAACACCACAGCCCAGCCUUAGGAAGUGGUUCAGUACCAAAUUCAAUGGAGUUACACAUGACAAGCAUCAACACAGGAGGGCUGGGGACAUGGGGACAACUUAUUAGCUUUUUCUGUUGUUUUUCCAUUAUUUGUUUUCUACAAAAAAAAAAGGAAAAGAAAAAGAAAGAAAAAAAAAAGUAUUCCACCCAAUCAGUAAUCCAGCGCUGCACUGUGUUGCUGUCAUAUGCGGCUAAAACGAUUCAAUUUAACCAUUCCCCUUCAGCAUCUUCCCAAGUAUCUGGCAUUGCGGUCUUUGAGACUCCGUGGCUCUGGCAAUUGAUGUAACUGAUACUGAGUGCAUCUUCCAAGGAUCUGAAGUGCCACGUUCCAGCUUACAAACAAUUCCAGAAAAUAAACCAGAACCACGCAGACAGCAAACAUCAAAUUACUGUUUCUACAGCCUGUUGUCAAAGUGUUUUUCUCUACAAUAAAAAAAGAGCAAAGGAAAAAACCA